AUGAAGCUACUCACAUACUUUCUCAUCUGGGUAUUUCUUUUGGAAGUACAACCUUUUGAAAUUCCCACAGAUGGCCUUUCCGAAUUUGCAGAAUAUGAAGAUCUGGUGGAACUGGCCCCAGGCAAAUUUCAAUUUGUGCCAGAGAACCGGAGGCAUCAGAGAAGCCUUUCCGAAGAGUCAGGAGAAAAGAUGGAGGAUGCCGAUCAGGUAACACUUUACAGCUAUAAAGUCCAGUCUACCAUUACUUCUCGAAUGGCCAACACCAUGAUCCAGAGCAAACUGGUGAACCAUUCUCCACAACCUCAGAAUGUCGUGUUUGAUGUUCAGAUUCCCAAAGGAGCCUUCAUCUCCAACUUUUCCAUGACUGUGGAUGGCACAACAUUUACUAGUACCAUUAAGGAGAAAACUGUGGGACGAGCACUGUACUCACAAGCAAGAGCAAAAGGCAAAACAGCUGGAUUGGUUAGGAGCACCGCUCUUGAUAUGGAGAACUUCAAAACUGAAGUAAACAUCCUUCCUGGAGCCAAAGCACAGUUUGAACUUCAUUACCAGGAGGUAAAGUGGAGGAAGCUGGGAUCCUACGAGCACAGGCUUCAUCUACAGCCUGGCCGGCUAGCCAAACACUUGGAGGCAAACGUGUGGAUUAUUGAACCUCAGGGAAUAAGAUUCCUUCAUGUUCCUGACACUUUUGAUGGCCAUUUCGAUGGUGUUCCAGUCAUAUCUAAAGGGGCCCAGAAGGCACAUGUCUCUUUCAAGCCAACAAUAGAACAGCAAAGAAAAUGCCCCAACUGCUCAGAGACAGCAGUAGAUGGGGAACUGGUGGUGAUGUACGAUGUGAACAGAGAAGAGAAGGCUGGAGAGCUUGAGAUAUUUAAUGGAUAUUUUGUCCACUUCUUUGCUCCCGAAAACCUGGACCCAAUUCCCAAAAACAUCCUCUUCGUCAUUGACGUUAGUGGCUCCAUGUGGGGAAUCAAGAUGAAACAAACUGUGGAAGCGAUGAAGACAAUACUGGAUGACCUAAGAGCUGAAGACCAAUUCUCUGUGGUUGAUUUCAAUCACAAUGUUCGAACCUGGAGAAACGACUUAGUUCCAGCUACUAAAACACAAAUUGCAGAUGCCAAGCGAUAUAUUGAAAAAAUCCAUCCUGUUGGAGGCACAAAUAUCAAUGAAGCACUCCUGAGGGCAAUCUUCAUUUUGAACGAAGCCAACAAUAUGGGAUUGUUGGACCCAAACUCAGUUUCUCUGAUCAUUUUAGUUUCUGAUGGAGAUCCGACAGUGGGUGAACUAAAACUGUCCAAAAUUCAAAAAAAUGUAAAGCAGAACAUGCAAGACAAUAUCUCCUUAUUCAGUUUGGGGAUAGGAUUUGAUGUUGACUAUGAUUUUUUGAAGCGACUGUCUAAUGAUAAUCGUGGAAUUGCCCAAAGAAUUUAUGGUAACCAGGAUACAUCCUCCCAGCUCAAGAAAUUCUACAACCAGGUCUCUACUCCCCUGCUCCGGAAUGUUCAGUUCAACUACCCCUCCCCGCCCAUCACUGAUGUGACACAGAACAGUUUCCACAACUACUUUGGAGGUUCUGAAAUUGUAGUGACGGGGAAAUUUGAGCCAAAUAAGUUGGAGCAACUACAGAGCAUCAUCACAGCUACUUCGGCUAGCACAGACUUAGUCCUGGAAACCCUGGCCCAGAUGGAUGACUUGGAGGAUUUUCUGUCGAAAGACAAGCAUGCAGAUCCCAACUUCACCAAGAAAUUGUGGGCCUAUCUCACAAUCAAUCAGCUGCUGGCAGAGAGAAGCCUGGCUCCUACAGCUGCAGCCAAAAGGAAAAUUACCAAAGCCAUCCUGCAGAUGUCUCUGGAACACCAUAUUGUGACGCCCCUCACGUCAAUGGUGAUUGAGAACGACGCUGGGGACGAGCGCAUGCUGGCUGAUGCCCCUCCUCAGGACCAUUCCUGCUGCUCAGGCGCCCUCUAUUUUGGCAGCAAAGUCGCUUCAGCAUCCAUCCCAUCGUGGGCCCAGCCCUCCCCAACACCAGUGAUGGCCUUGCCUGCUGUAGGAGCCCGGCCGCUGGAGUCCACGCCCCCUCCGCAUGUGAUAAGAGUUGAAAAUGAUCCACAUUUCAUCAUUUACCUGCCAAAAAGCCAAAAGAAUAUCUGUUUCAAUAUUGACUCUGAACCUGGGAAAAUCCUCAACCUGGUCUCCGAUCCAGAAUCAGGAAUUUUAGUCAAUGGUCAGCUUAUUGGUGCCAAGAAACCUGAGAAUGGAAAACUAAGCAGCUAUUUUGGAAAACUGGGAUUUUAUUUCCGAAGUGAGGACCUGAAAAUAGAAGUCAGCACAGAGAACAUCACUCUGAACCAUGGCUCUCGGACAUCUCGCUUGUCCUGGGCAGACACAGCCCACAUUGCUCAUCAGAGGGUGCUUGUCUCAGUGAAGAAACAAAAAGUGGUGACUCUCACCCUGGGUAGUGACAUGUCCUUUUCCAUUCUGCUGCACCGAGUUUGGAAGAAGCAUCCGGUCAAUGUAGACUUUCUGGGGAUCUAUAUCCCACCCACAAACAAGUUCUCACCCAGUGUGCAUGGACUGAUCGGUCAGUUCAUGCAUGAGCCAAAGAUACAUAUUUUUAAUGAGAGACCAGGAAAGGAUCCCAAGAAGCCAGAAGCAAGCAUGGAAGUAAAAGGCCAGAAGCUGACUGUCACCAGAGGUUUACAGAAAGACUACAGAACAGACAUCGUUUUUGGAACAGAUGUUCCCUGCUGGUUCGUGCACAACAGCGGCAAAGGUUUCAUUGAUGGACAUUACAAAGAUUACUUCGUGCCUCAGCUCUACAGCUUUCUCAAACGGCCUUGA